GCUGUGCCAUCGUCAUUAAUGUUAUUUAUUAUAGUUGUUUAAAGAUGCACUGUCCUCAAAAGGAACAUUUGCAGAAACAGAAAUACUAAAGCAUUGAAUGUAACACGUGUGGAAUUAUAAUCUGUGUUUUGUAGUUUUUAAUUAUGUUGAUACUUGUCAGGACGCAACAACAAUCAAGACAGGAAGCAGAAAUACAUUUAGCAUGACAUCAAACUCACAAAAAGUUCACACAACAAAUCAAACAUUUAACAUUCUAAAAAAAAAACGAGGCCUUUAUUUGAUCUGGGAUUAAGUUCCUUAUUUAGAUUUUAGGAUUGUGGAUUAUAUUCACUGUUCGGGACACGAUUGGGAUCAGAAAAUGUUUUUGUUGGCCAAUCGAAUAUGUAACUAUGGUAUUGGCUGAUUCAUAGAUUUCCUUCAGAGGAUCAGAAUGUGAUGUAAUGAUUCUCUGAACAGGAAAAUGUCGUUUGGUCAUUUCAACACGAACAGAGUUGCAGACCGAUUUUAUAUAGUUUAUUUAUUGAUUAAGUUAUUUAUCAAGGGAAUAUAAAAUUCAGCAGCUUUAAUUUCUUAUAUAUGAGGAUUCAUUGCGUUUCUCUGUUUUGAUUUCUGAGUCAAAAAUAAAAGCUUUUACUCCUCGAUUGUCACCAAACAAACCUAGAAGAAAUAGACUAAGCUUUGUUGUCGCAGAGAUUAAAACCAGAUUCCACAGACGCGCACUUCCUCAAAAAUAAACACACAGCCACUGCUUCAAGAGUUUGAAAAAAAAAGAAAAAGAAAAGGUUCUGACCUCUUACCCUGAGUAAUCCUCCGUCGUGGCAGAUGUAUGAACACAGAUUUAGCCGAGGAUUUAACAGCCAGGAUGUCACUUGUGGCUUCACUCCGCUCUUACUCGAUUCUCAGGGGGAAAUGGCCAGAAAGACAAUGCGAGGACAGCGGUCGCUCCCCCCGAUGACGAGUCAAGACACUGCUGGGGAAGCGGCAGCACCGAGACAAAAGAAGAAGAGGGUGAGGAAGGAGACGAAUGGAGUUGAUGAUGUGGACGAUCAGGGGCUGGAGAUGGGAGGCCUGGACAGUAGGAGGACAUCUGAGGUGGGAGAGCAGCUUUCCCUGGAACCCACAAAUGGAGCGCCUCCCCCGAGGAGGAGGAAGAAAAAGAAAACUGCCACUAUCGUUUCAGAUGUUGAAGACGACCAGGCCGACCUGGUGAACGGAGAUGCAGCUGAUCAGUACACAGACGGAGAAGAAGUGGUCAGAAAGACCAAAAGGAAAAAGAAGUUAAAAGUCGUUGAGUCGCAGCUUCCCGAUGAGUUGGACGUAGAAGAGGAUGACAUCAUCACCGACACCCCCCCUCCUAUCUCCCAGCAUUCUCUGUUCUCGGCCCCACAGGGUCAGAGCCAGCCGGUCGGGAAGGUGUUUGUCGAGAGGAACAAGCGUUUCCAGGCGUCGGAGCGCUCCGACUGGAGGAAGACCAGCGACCAGAUGGAUAACAUGACGGACUUCCAGCACAUUCAGCCGCUCUGGACGACCAGAGACGUUUCUAUCAGAGUGCACAAAGGCUACAGGAGGUUCGGCCUAUACUGUCACGGCUUCCUGGCGGGCUGCACCGUGUGGAACGUUGUGGUGGUGUACAUGUUGGCCGGGCAGCACCUCACCGCUCUGUCCAACCUGCUGGAGCAGUACCACAGCCUGGCGUACCCCUGCCAGUCUCUGCUCUACAUGCUGCUGGCCAUCAACACUGUGGCCGCCUUCGACAGAGUCAAUCUGGCCAAAGGCUCCAUGGCUCUGCGAGAGUUCAUCACCCUGGAUCCCGUCGCUCUCGCCUCAUUCUUGGAUUUCUCGGCGUUGGUCCUGUGCUUGAGCCAGCAGAUGACCAGUGAUCGAAUCAACCUGUACCCGUCCUUCAACACAACGUUAUGGCCACCAGGGUCCGAGCACGAUAUCCUCCACCCAUGGGUGACAAUCAACCUGGUGGUGGCGCUGUUUGUCGGCCUGGCCUGGAUCUUAAUAGCGUCCCAACCUGAGACCGACUACACUGAGGGUUAUCUCAUGGCCAUGGAGCUGGAGCCGCCCAAACCGGAGGACAAAUCCGAAAUGAUCGCCUGAGGAACAUGUGUAUCCGCUGCGACACUACAACUUUGCACAUAUUUUUGCACUGUGUUUCCGCAUUAAACUUGUGUUGUAUUGUGUUUUUUAAAUGUCAAUAUGUUGUUGUUGUUUUUUUUUAAAUACAGGGUUUUAUCCAACAAAUUCAA